CUGCUGCUGCUGAGCCUCUGCCACGCCUGGCUGCGCGUCGCCCGCGAGGCGCGCGCCGCGCGGGGGCAGCGCGGCGCGCUGGCCGAGCAGGGCGCCCUGCUCCAGAGGGAAGCGGCCGCGCGGGAGCGCGAGGACCUGCGGUUCCGCGACGCCCUGGCGCUGCGCGCCGCCAGGUGGGUGUGCGCGUUCGGCUACCAGGCCUGGCUCGCCACGUGCCUCCGGGGAUGGCGCGAGGCCCGCGCGCGGGAGCGGCACGAGCAGGCGCAGGAGGAGUACAGGGCGGAGUACACGCGGCUGGCGGAGAGGCUCGACCGCGGCGUGGCCAGGCUGCAAGAGGCCAACGACGAUACCAUCAUGCGGGUGGCCGACUACAGCCACGGGCUCCAGGCGAGGGCCUUUGCGGGCACCCUCUGCAUGGCCAUCCUCCACGCGUGGCGCCAGGCGCAGCUGAUCCACCCCAGAGUGCACCAGCUCCGCUUAGAGCAGGGGCGCAAAGAGAGCCACAGGCAUGGCGCGCUCGUGGGGAUCUUCGUCAUCGAGCGGCUCCUCGGACCCAGGGAGCACGCGUCGCUGCUCCGGCGGGUGAUGGCCGCUUUCUUCGUCUCGACGUACAGCGCGCAGCUGCGGGGGGAGUUCCAGAAGACUCAGGUCGGGAUACAUCGGGAGAUCCACACGACGGCUCUCAAUUCGAAGGUCAUUUUCAACAAGAAGGCCAGCACCAUACUGCGCAUUUACGACUCCCGGUGGGUGCUGGGCUUCUUGAGCGUGUGGUUCGUGUCCUGGCGCCGGGAGACCGUCGACGCCCUCCGCGACAGCAAGCUCAACGCUUGGCGCGAGUCGGUGCAGCGAGAGGCCACCACCACCGUGGACGCCAUGAGGUCGGAGACGCAGGUGUGGAUCGACAAGGCCUACCGCGAGAUCUCGAAGCUCGCAUCGCACCUGCUGGUGCUGCGCUGCCUGCCCCGCUGGCGGCUCGCGGCCGUCGCCGGCAUGCAGAAGAGGGAGAUGGACCGCGCGCGCGAGCAGCUCGGUCAGAGCAACGCGGCGCUGCGCGACGGCGGGCGGCACACGGUGCGCGAGCAGUCGUCGAAGGUCGGCGGCUUCGUGACCGCGCAGUUCUUGAGGCGGGCGCGGCUCCUGAGGCUGUCCCUCCACGCGCUCGCGUGGCAGUCCGCCGCGAGCGCCGGCGCAAGGGCCCGCAGGGUCGCUGAGUACCGUGCGGGGCUGCAGGAGGCGCAGCAGCGGAGCGAGGCGCAGGUGGAGAGGGCGGUCGACGAGAAGGAGCUGGCCGUGAGCCGCGCCGCAGUGCUGCUGCUGCGGGAGCGCGAGAGGUUGGAGCUGGCGCGGCCAUUGCUGGCGUGGCAGCGCACCGCUGCGGGGCUACGAUCGUCUGCGACCGUGGAGCACAUGCAGAAACACCACUCGGAGACGCUCCUGGAGCUGAGCCGGCGCCACGCCGAAGGCAUCAAGGGCGCCCAGAUCGAGUGGCAGAGGAAGUGCCAGAGCACCUCCCUGGCAUGCGUUUCCUUCGAGGGCAAGAUGCUGCUGUACCGCUGCGCGGCGGCCUGGUCGAGAGAGGUCAAGGCCAUGGCCAUCUGGAGGCUCACGAGGGACUACGAGGCGCUCACCCAGGAGUACGAGGACCUCUCCAAGGACCACGGCCACGACCACGACGGCGCGCAGGAUCGCGAGCCUGGCAGCGACGGUGGGCCUGCCGCGGCCGGCGUCCGAGACGCGGGCGAGCAGGCGCCGCCCGGCGGGGGGCCAGCGUGGGCCGCGCCGGCGGCGAGCGGCAGCGCGCGGCGCUGGAACGCAGGCGCGCCCGAGCUGGCGGCGCAGCUCGCUGGCGGCGGCGCCACGGCCGGUGGCGGCGCCGGCGGCGCGCCGCCAGCGCGGGCGCUGCCCGACCAACGGGAGCAGCGGCCGCCCUUUGCGGCCCCGCCGCGCGUCGGGGCGGCGGCGGUCGCGGCCCUCGCUGCCCCCGUCGGCGGGCACGGCCCCGCGUCGCCCGCGGGGCCGCUCGAGACCGGCCCGCGACCUGGGGCGACGGUCGCCGUCCUCGGCGGUGGCGCCUUCGGCGGCGCCGCGCCGGCCUGGACGGCCCUGCGCCUGACCUCUGCGCCGCCCUCCGACGAGGAGGACGAGCAGGGGGUGAUGUCGCCUGGCGUGGCAGAUACGCUGGCCAGGCUGACGCGGGCCCGGGUGGCCAUCGGGGACCACGAGGUGCCCAAGGAGUUGCCCAGACUGCCCGAUGGCAUUGGCGGCGUGGCGGACCCAGUCGUUGGCGGCUACGCCAGCGCCCUGCCGCCUAUGCCCGAGCUGCCUUUCGAGCGCGCAGACCCCGACGCCCUCUCUGCCAGCGCGUCAGCCAUGCAGGCCCGGCUGAGGAGCCUGCAGAAGACCAUG